AACAUGGACGAUCUGGGAGUUCUAGAUGCCUGACAUGAGUUUGAUAACGGCUUCUUCAGAUGGGACCCCAGCCACUGAGACGGCGCUUGUGUUGAACACCCAUGCUGUCCAAGCUUCAUCUUCAGUGUGUGUUCCAGAAUCAGCUUUAGUCAAGACAUCAGACAAGCCGUGUGUUGUUCAGUCCAGCGCGCCCUCACAUUCUGAUGGGAUUUAUAUGAUUCCAGAUUCAGAGGGAGACGCUCUUCUGGCUGAUCUGGAGUCCACCACCUCACACAUUUCCAAACAAGCUGCCUUUCUCUCAGAUGAGACGCCGUAUUCCUAUCCUACAGGAAGUGACUCUUAUCAGGAAGUGUUGUCUCCGCCUCCAGUCACAUCACAUCCUGCAGCGAAUGGAACGCUGUUAGAGCAAACUGAAUCAGAGCAGUCUUUGAGCUCCGUUCAGAAAAGCCCGAGUCCUCGCGUGUCGCAGUCAGACGAAGAUCACGUCUAUAGUUUCCCAAACAAGCAGAAGAGCACCGAGCCCCAGACAUCGGCCGUCAUGAACUCAUCACUGGGCUGUAAUCUGUCUGAACUGGACCGUCUGUUACUGGAGCUCAACGCCGUACAACACAGCACACCGUCCUUCGCCACUGAAGCGCCGAGCGGCACUCAGCGUUUGACUUCAGAGAACGGUCUCUCAUCAGCAGUCAAAGCUCCGCCUCCUAAAGUAGAGAAGCCCAAACGUCACGCAGCGGCUCGAGGUGCAGAGGACGUCAGACCCAGCGUGGAGAGUUUAUUAACUGAGCUGGAGACUUCUGUGCCCGUCUCUGUAGCGGCUCCAUCAGUGCCGGUGAUUUCUGACAUGAGAGAGAUACUGGAGGACACACCAGCGGCUCAACAACAGGCCAGAAUCUCUGCUUCAUCUGCUACACGAGAACUGGAUGAACUCAUGGCCUCGCUGUCUGACUUCAAAGUUCAGAGUAAUAUCAUGGCUCAGGGUAAAAGUUCUCCCAGCGGUGUUCAGAAGCCGGCUAAUAAGUUGGACAACAUGUUGGGCAGCCUGCAGUCAGAUCUCAAUAAACUGGGAGUUCAGACGGUGGCUAAAGGGGUUUGUGGAGCUUGUAAGAAACCCAUCGCUGGACAGGUGGUGACAGCGAUGGGCCGGACGUGGCAUCCAGAACAUUUCGUGUGUACUCACUGUCAGGAGGAAAUAGGUUCAAGAAACUUCUUUGAGAGAGAUGGACAGCCGUACUGUGAGAAAGAUUAUCACAGCCUCUUCUCUCCACGCUGUUACUACUGCAACGGACCCAUACUGGAUAGAGUGGUGACAGCGUUGGACCGGACGUGGCACCCGGAGCAUUUCUUCUGUGCCCAGUGUGGUUCAUUCUUUGGCCCUGAGGGGUUCCAUGAGAAGGAGGGAAAAGCCUACUGCAGGAAAGAUUACUUUGACAUGUUUGCCCCAAAGUGUGGCGGUUGUGCCCGAGCCAUCCUGGAGAACUACAUCUCUGCCCUCAACUCUCUGUGGCACCCCGAGUGUUUUGUGUGCAGGGAGUGUUUCAUUCCCUUCGUGAACGGCAGUUUCUUCGAGCACGAGGGUCAGCCGUACUGCGAGGCACAUUAUCACGAGAGACGCGGCUCGCUCUGCUCCGGCUGUCAGAAGCCCAUAACCGGCCGCUGUAUCACUGCCAUGGCCAAGAAGUUUCACCCCGAGCAUUUCGUCUGCGCCUUCUGCCUCAAACAGCUGAAUAAAGGCACGUUCAAAGAGCAGAACGACAAACCGUACUGCCAGAACUGCUUUGUCAAACUCUUCAGCUAGACUCGGACGGUAUGGAUGAAGUGCCCUCUAGUGGCCGUGCAUUCACACCAGCGUGCUUCUGUGCCAAAGCACCGUCAAUCAUGGGGGGGUUUUAACAACCUUUUUAAAGAAAUACAUUUUCUAUUUUAGAUAAUAUCAGCUGAUUCGACAAAUCAACAAGAUGUAUUUUUCUAUUUCUUACACACACACACACUGAGCUUAUCUUGAACACGCAUCUCUUUGCACAUUUCUCUUGCUGCUGUUUUUUAUGAAAAAUAUGCACUUCGCUCUUUUAUUUUGCUUCUCUUUUUCUCAUCGACCCCGUCAGGUGCAAUAACUGCUGAUAUCAUGAAAAUCUCAAGGUCAUAUUCUGUAUAUUUUUCUAAUUUUGGUACCGAGUUUCUUCAGACAGCAUGUUUUUCUCUGUCUGGUCAUUUAAUAAAAGUGAUCUUAUAUUUUUCUUUCAUUUUUGUUGUUUUUCUAUUGUUCUGAUUGGCUGGAGUGUUUUUGCCUUUAUGAGGGUUCAGGUGUGUUUAUAUUAAAACAUAUUCUCUCAAAAAGCCUUUUUAGACAUACAAGUGUGGCUUCUGGUUUGUGAUCAUGUUUUGUUUUCUCAAAAUCUCUACUUUUAUUUCAUUGGAUUUGCUGCUGCAUGCAAGUAAAUGCAUUAAAGUCUUAAGAAUGAUAAUUGAUGGCAAAGGCUUUACUCAGAAAGAUUGUGACUUUUUUAGUACUUUAAAGAUGUUCUUUUUCAGGGUGAUGUUUUAUUCUUCAUAAACGGAUGACAUGCACAUUGUAUUGACAUCAUGGGGUUUACUGUACUGUAUGGGGCUUGAAAUAAAAACCAGAAUCUAAAUGAUCGAUCAGUUGUGGAUCUUUUAUUUGUUUGCUGCAUUGACAGUCCUGGAAAACGCUAAAAAAUGAACAUUAAUAUUUAAAUUAGUUUAAAAUGUGUUGAAGACGAACGUUGGAUAUAGUUCAGAGAUUGAGAAACUAUAUCAGGAUUGACAAUUUCAGGAUCUAUCUUUGCCUUGAUGUUAAAAAGUGCAGAUAAUUAUAUUACUAUAAAUAUUUAUCAUAUAAAUAGCAUAAGAGAGAUUUAUCUUUAUUAUUAGUUUUUUUUACAUUUUUUGCCGUCACACCAUAGAACAAAAAAGUCUGUCAACUACCCAGAUAUACUCAAGUAAUGUCAGUUUAUGGUGUGGUACAGAAAAAACAAAUAGACACAAAUAAUGUUUUUACUUUUGGUGAGGGAAUACUGUACAUCCUUUCAAAGAUAAAACAAAUAUUCUGAUCAGAUCUGAUUGUGAAGCUCCAGUUUAUGAUCAAAUUAAGGGAAUUAAUUCAAAGUUUGUGGUCACACUUUACCACUUGAUCUCUGAUUUAUGUAUUGAUUUGAGUCUUUAGACCUAUGAUGAUAUUUUAAACGCAAUAAUACAGAAACCCUAACCAAGAUUACUUCAGAAGCAACAACGGAUUUUUGUAAACCAUUAAAACGUGACAGAAGAUCACAGUUAACAAGUGAGAGAUGUUGGGACGAUAAUGUGAACUUUAGACUUAUGACCAGGUUUAGGUGUUAUUAAUCACAUAUCAUUCUGGUUUAAGGGCUGAAUAUAGUUAGAGCUUGAUGUAGGGUUAUGGUUAUCGUCAGAAAUGUUGUUUUCAUCUCUUGGCGUAAUCUGUGCCCGUUUAUGACACCGAUCAUCAAGUAACGUUAGUUAUAGAAAACACGCGCAGCUUAGUGUGUUCAGUAGAAAACAAUGAAUGACAAAUACAACCGUUUUCUUUUUCGGGUGUGUGUGUAACUUUCACAUUUCACAGACAUUUAUUUUAUUAAUGACAGCAGACGAAGAUUUUCAAAUAAAGCGCGUGCGCGCCACUACGCUGCAGUGCGCGCACAUGGUUUGGGACAAGAAAUGUAAAGGUGAGGCGAUUUUAAUUCAAUUGUUUGUGAGAAAUAAUUAAAUAAAAGUAAAAAUCGUACUUUAACGUAACUGCAGGUAAUUUGCGAAUUAAUCGACAAAUUAACUUUAAUAGUCACAUUAAAGGUCUAGGAGUUUGUCAAAGGCUUAAUACAAAAUUGCGUUUGGUUCCCUCAGGUAACGUUACACCCGUGACCUAUAUAUGUCUUAGAUGUUUUAUAUUGAUUUAAAAGUGUUACUUGAGCUAUUAUAUAUUGUAGUUUAAUAUUCAGAGUUUGGGAUUUGCAAUGAUGUUAGCUUUAAUACAAAACAAACAC